AUGGAAAAACUAUUCAGAAACCGAGAUUUAAAUGUUAGCGUAAGAACUGUUAAGAGUGGUGAGGAGGUACUGUUUUAUGGAAAAGAUGUGGCAGAAUCUCUUGGGUACUCGAACACUAAAAAAGCAAUUCAAACUCAUGUUUGGAGGAUAAAUAAGUUAACACUUGGAGAACUCAGAAUGGGACCCAAAUUGGGUCCCCUUAUAGAUGGUCACCCAGAUUCUGUUUUUCUAAGAGAACCCG